AUGUCUGCUAUACAACAUGAUCUUCACAAUAAGCACCACCAUCACCACCAAUCACUUCCUCAGCCACAGCCAUUACCACAACAUCCUCAAGCAAACCCAAUAUUCGCUCUUCUCCAAAAAGACGCCGCCAUUAUAGCCCCAAGACAAAUAUCAACUAAAACUACCACUACAACUACAUCAAGUCUCAAAGACUCUGAAAUAUCCACCACUACUCCUCCUUCUAUUACUGCAAUCACAACAACUCCACCAACAUUCUCCAUAGCAUCAACCCCAACUCCAUCUCUUAACCUUUCCCCAACUCUUUCCUCCUCUGCUCUCUCUUCCUCCCCAGCCCUUUCCUCUUACUCUAUAUCUUCUCCCAAAACUUUGGCUCCAAAGAUUUCAAACUCUACAAUUAACACCACCGCUAUGAUCUUGCCCACAACAAAUAGUACAGCAACAACAACUACUACAACACCCUCAAUGGUCCCAGCAACUUCUGUAAAUAACCUCACUUCUUCCUCAUCAUCCUCCUCUUCUUCUCCUUCUUCCUCUUUUUCUACAACAGCAGCAGAAGCAGAAGCGGAAGCAGUUGCUGCUGCUGCUGAUCCAGCUUUGGCUACCACCCUUAUGGCUACUUCUUACAUCUCGUCCUCCUCGGCUCUUUUGUCCUCACUCUCUUCCUCCGCUUCCUCGCUUGCCGCCCGUUCGCCGACGGUUCCCCCGAUAACCAAGCUUAUCACCUCUAUCGAUAGUAAAACCCUAACCCUUCCUUCUGUUUCCACAGCAGCACUCGCUCCUUCUCCACAACAACCCCAGCACUCAUAUUCUCAUUUUAAGCCUAGCACGCCCACAAUGGUAAACCUAAACGCCCCUGUUACUGCAGUUCCUACUACCACAACACAAUCACAUCACAAUACUCUACCCGGGUCUUUAUUACACGGGUCUCUUCGAGAAUCUCUUCGAGAAUCUCUAAUACACGGAUCUCCAGCAAAUAUUGACAAACAUGCACACAGCUAUCUCACUGCUUCGGUCCUUGAAUCUGACUCUUCGUCUUCAGAUAAUGAUGAUGAUGAUGAUGAUGUCCUCUCAACCUCAGAUUCAGAUUCGAUUUCAGAUGAUGAUAUUGUUGACGAAGAUGAUGAUGACGAUGACGACGUUAGCAUUUCUGAUGACUUUUCAGAUGAAAACGACCACGAUGAUGAUGUUGAUGAAGAUGAUGACGAUUAUGAUUAUGAUAAUGAUAAUGAUAAUGAUGGAAAACAUGUAGAAGCAACAACUGUAGCUGCUCAUGGACACAAUACAUCCUUGCGUCCGCAUAAACAUUCCCAUCUUGCACACGUCCGGUUGCCCCCAUCCACUGCAAUCCGUCCAGUCGGCUCUACCAAUAAUGGCAAGUCACAUGUCGGCCUGGCCAACAAUAGCCACCAUACUCUUACGCGCAGGCCAGGCCUUGCAACAGGCCCCAGUGCUACUUCGUUGUUUGCCAAAUUCUCCCACGGACACAAUGCCGCAACAAAUAACCACAACCAUCCACAUUACAUUCACCAUCACCCAGCAGCACAUCCCCGUAGACGUUCUUCUCACUCGUCAACUACUAAUUCAGGAUCUGCAGCUGUCCCAAGUACAGGAUUGGCAACAUUUACACUAGGGAAUACGCACAAGACUGGUGCUCGUGUUCGUAUUUCAAGACCAGGCAUCCGGCACUCUUCUGGAGGCCAGCACGGCAGUCACAAUAUUCAUCAUCACGCUAGCAAUUUGAAUAACGCUGCCAUAGCUGGAUCAGCAAUAUCUCCUAAAUGUCUGGCUUCUUCUCUAGCAAAAGCUGCUUCUUCAUCAGCUGCAGCUGCCGCAAAACGUGGCCGGAAAUCAUCUCGUACAUCUACAUCAAAACUUCAACAGGGACCCAGCCCGACUUCCUCGUUAUCGCCCGCAGCCUCAUCGCGCUCUUCCUCCACACGCUCUUCUACAAAAUCUACUUCGGUAUCAUCUACCUCCUUGUCCACAACUAAACUGAAGACACCCCUGUUGGACCUCGAUCCUACCCCUUUCAUGACGUUUUGCGCAAUGUGUAACACCCAGUAUGAGCCUGCAGAUACUCCAGACUCUGAUGCUCUUUAUUGUUCACCUAAAUGCCGCCGUAGAGACUCGAUCAUUGCUCCUGGCGCCGUGCCAGUGUUCUUCACAACAGGAGUCCCAUCUCCAGCUUACUCGUCCUCCUCCUCCGCAUAUUCUUCUUUGCUCUCGUCAUCCUCUUCCCCAGCAUCUGCUUCCCUGUCUCCAAACGGUUCCGGUGCCUCGCCGUUUAUCUACCGUAGAGCUAGUACCCUACUCUUGGGGCCUCAAAACCAGCCCCAUCUAUCUCACCCCAUUCUUGCCGCUCGCAGAUAUACCUCUGCUGAUGCACUCAACGAUCUAGUCCGUGGCUGUCGCUGCGAUACUUGCAUGGCUUGUGAUACGUGCCAAGUAUCCCGUACAACAACAGAUAUCUCUCCAGCACCACCAACCACUCCACCAGCUUCGCUUCACUCAACUGCAGCCUCACCUUACUCUUCUUACUAUUGGAAUACGCCCACGCGCCAAACAUACCAGCCGCAGGUAUCUAGUGCGGCUUAUCUGUCAGUCCCGCAAAAUCAGUCUCCCGCAACACAAGCGCAACAGCAACAACAAGUCUCGGCUACAUGUAAUACCCAGCAACAGCAGCAACAAAUGCACCAUAAUACACCAGGUUGCUCCCUCGUUAUGCCAUACCCUAGCACAACAGCACCACCCUCACGCAUCCAGAGUUCAUCAUCCCUCACUGCAAGUCUACGCGCAUUGCGUCAACCGGCUGGAGCAUCUAUAUUAUCAUCGCAGCCAAAUACUGCUUCAAACACUUCCUUCUGCCAUAAUUGCGGUGGGCAGGUAGUUUUGAACGCUGACUCAGGGCUCUACCGUGGAAACGUUCACAGCUACUCUAGUCUUGCACUUGCGCGCAGGCCAUCGUCAUCAAUUGCUCUGUCUACUGCUAUUCACAAUCAGGCCCAAAGUGCAGUCAAUAUCCAUCAACAACAGUUGCAAAAACUGGAAAAUGGAACAUCAUCAGGGACCAAAACACCACCACAAAUGAUUUUAGCAGUCUCUGCAGCUAAAUCAACAACUAGUAUUGUCAUGCCAGUCCACCCUGAACCAGAGCAUCACAUUAAUAAGUUUACAGAAACUGGGGUAGCAGGGAAAUUGUCAUCCAAAUCAGCAAUUCACCAUCCAGGCUCAACUGCUGGGUUUGCUACAUAUUCCAUUGCAGUCCCCGCGCGCUCAUAUGCUUCUUCAUCUUCCUCUUGUGUAUCUAAUAAUGCAUGUGCACCUUCUUCCUCCAACACUUCUCCACUUUCUUCUUUCCCCUUGACUUCCAACUCUCCUGUACUUUCGCCCACUAGCCAAUUUCUUUGGAAGCCUGUGGCCGCCGCCCAAAAGCCAUUGAUGACAAGCUCCCCGCUUUCUAGUGGUGGACAGAAUCUGUUACAGCCUACUGCUACUCCUCCUUGCGAUCACUUUACGACUUCUGCAGUCAAGGUUUCGCGCUCUCCGGCAGGUACAACGCAAUACUUUUAUCGAGCAUACGAUGCGUUGACCCCGGAAUCGGCAGGACCUGGUGUUGGAACAGAAUCAGGAUCAGGGAAUAAGAAGAAACAGGAAUCAUUCAAGUGGAGAUCUGCAAACGAUAUGUCGCCAGCCAGUGAAGCACUUGUACGGGCUUUGAAACGUGGACGUAUUGUGGCAAAUCCUCCAGUAAAUGAAGGUUAG